UUUUCGACCUAACCUCUUCAACAUCAACAAUUUUCAACCAAGUUCAGCUAUAAAAUCAGCUGUUGUGAGCGUGCUGUUGUCUCUUUCUCCUCUAAUUUAAGAGUUUAUUUUGUUUUAUUGAGUUUAAUUUUAAUCCGUCAAAGCAAUACGUAUUAAAAAGAAGCGAAUGUCAAGCGAUGAGCGAAGAAAUAGGUGAAGAAGUCGCUGUCCUGUCGGAGAAGUUGCAAAUGUGUUCCACAAGUAAUUCCGAUGCUCUCGAAAAAAUAAAAAACACACGCUCUGUUUUCGAGGGCAAAAACAAUUUGGAAAUUCGCUCAAAAAUGCAGACAAACAACGUGAAACCUGUCAACGUCCUCGAGAGGAUUAUUUUUAUUAUCGACGCUACGAUCGAACCGAAUGCAACGCAAUUUGAACUUGGCAGAGGUGACAAAUUUCCACCCUUAUUCAUGAUCAAGAGAGUCGUCGAGAUUUUUAUCAAUGCCAAAUCUAUGAUUAAUCCCAAUCACGAAUAUGCAUUGAUGAUCUUGUGUGGCAAUGAUGUCCGCUGGAUCAAAAAGUUCACCAACAACACCACAGAUUUCUUGGCCUACGUCGACGACAUCGAAGAUGCUUACAACAAUUGCAAUGUCUUUGAACUGGGAAAAUUAUUCAGUGAAAUCGAGGAAGUUGUGGUAAAAAAGGAACCGAGUUUUGUGACCCGUGCUCUAAUGAUAUAUUGUCGUUCUCACGCAAUUCCGAAGUUUUCAUCUCGGAUUAAUUUCGAAAAUCUGAUGAAGAGGCAACGUUUUUUCUUAGACAUUUUGUACAUUCAUGAACAUCCAAGUGAAGAUAAUGAAUGUGAUAGAAUUUAUUCUGCUUUGAAUGCACUUGAUGUGAAAAGUUGUGCAUACAUUUUCGAAGUUGGGAGAAACGCAACGAGACUUCAUGAUCACAUGGUGAAAUUAGUGGCCCAUCCACUUCAAAGGCCACUGCAAAAAGAUGCACAUUAUUCUUUGCAAGCUCACCUGGCUUCUCUGCAGAAGGAAGUGCACACGAAUGUGUGAUUCUAUGGAUAAGCAUAAGGAUCUUUUUAUUCUAGGAAUUACUGUUUAUUCCACAUUCUAGAAUAUGUUUUGAGUGGACGAUACUGAUCAAAUGAAAAGAAUGUACGUAGACUUUUAACAGAUUUUAAAUUAACCAUCGUUAGAAUUUAUCGGAAUGAAAGUUUGAGAAUGUAAAGAUGUAAAAAGUUACAAGAAGGUGGUUCUAAUUUUGCGUUUGUCUUUGCCAUACUUUAUUAUUAUGUACUACUUAAAAACUGUGGAUAAUAUGUAUAUUUGGUUGUGUUCCCUUGUUCUUGAAAUGUUUGUCUUUUUAUAUAAUCAGAGACUGUUUUUGUUGAAGAGAUUUCAUUUCAAAAUAAAUUAAUUUAAUUUGUAAUGAAAACAAGGCUUUUUAAGGGCGUUGAAACCAGGACCUAACCUCAAAAUUAAAAUACCUCAUUUUACUCCAUAAAUAAUAGAACAACAUCUUUUUCAGAUAAUCAGGGCUUAUUUCUGUUCCAAAUAAGAUCUGUAUUUGUAGUGAAAAAUUGUUUAAUUUCAAUAUUUUUUGCGAAAAACUAUUUUUUAUGUCUGCAUUAGAGUAGGAAAAAAGUUUUCCUCAAAAAAUAUUGAAAUUAACUGAUUUUUCACUCCGAAUAUUAAUUUGACUCCAAACAGAAAUAGGCCGUGAUUAUCUAAAAAAUAUGUUAUUCAAGUAUCUAUGGAGUAAAAUGAGGCAACCCAAGUUUGAGGUUGGGUCCUGGUUUCAAUGCCCUUAAAAGACUUUAUUAGAAAGAAAAUUAAUUAAUUUUUUAAUGAGAAAAAGGCUUUUAAGAGCUUUUAUGUAAAGGGAAGACCACUCUACAGCAGAUAGUCAAUCAUUUAAAACUUAUGCAUGUAAAAUAAUUCAUUUAAUCUAAUUAAUAGUUGAGUCACAAUACGUGUUAGUAUAUUAGAAUACGAAUUGAUUAUUUCACUUAUAUUUAAUAUUUGUGCUUAUAAUUAAUGACUAUCUAUUGUAGGGGUGUCUCUCCUACUAAAAGCAAUUGUAAUGCUCUUGCAUUCAUAUGUUUUACAAACAACGGUUUAAUAUUUCUCGAAAUAUGUAUUAAUUAAGCUUUUGAUAGGGUAGGAAAGAAUCUUUACAAAAGUUGCAUUUAUGUUAUAAAUAGAAAAUUCUAUUUGCAUGUUGAAGAUAAGUACACAAUUUCUGUGAACUGCAAGCAACUAACAAUAAAAGCUUUAUUUAUGGAUAAAUUUAGUGAAAUGUUACUUAA